AUGAGUCUCCUCGGCAAAGCAUUCAUCGUCACAGGAGGGGCGUCCGGGAUCGGCAAAAGCACAGUUAGAAAACUACUAGAGCUAUCGGUAUCAGUCCACGUCCUAGACAUCUCUAGCAAAAUACCAACACAUAACGACCUUGCUGGCCAGCAGCAGAGCUACCCCAAGGUCAAGAUAUCAUUAAGGAAGGAUAUUAAAGCUGUGUUUGAUCAGAUUGCCACACAAAAGAACAUACGAUUGGCAGGGCUUGUCCAUUGUGCGGCGAUCCUGCGCCCUACUAAAAUAUCGGAAGCGGGGGACGAGCAUCUUCGCCAGCCCUGGGACGUUAAUAUCGUUGGUACAUGGAAUGUCAAUACCGAGUUUCACCAGUUGGUCAAGUCAUCGCGUGUUCCCAGAGAGGGCGGCACUAUUUAA